GCCAAAUAAAACAAACGAAAACUACCCUCGUGUGUGCGCAUUCCACCAAUGGAACGAACGACUGCAUAAGCUAACGUGCGCUCCCUUCUCUCUCUCGAUCUCUGCUCUGUCCUCCUCCCAUGGCUGCACUUUCUCUCUCUUCCAUCAACUUCUCGGUGAAGCUUUCUCCGAUUAGCUUCUGCUCUAGCGCCACAGAUAGGCCGCUAAUCACCUUUUCCGCGGGAGUUAAGCUGAAGAGUGAACGGCGGAGUAGUAAUUUCGUCUGUAGAGCUGCUUCGUCCGUUGCUAUUCGCGAUAUUGAUGCAGAUGAUUUCAGACAUCCUCUUGAUCGACAAAAUACGCUGAUUUUGAGAGCGAUUCCGGGGUUAAACGAAAUCGGAAAAGCUUUAUUAGGAUCUGUCGCUGAGCAAGUCAUGCUUCUGGAGAAUAUAGGGACAUCUGUUCUUGUUUCCAAGAAUCAGCUUCCUGAACUACAUGAGUUGAUGAUAGAGGCUGCCAGUAUCCUAAACUGUGAGGCACCUGACCUUUACUUACGCCAAAGCCCUGUCCCUAAUGCAUACACGUUGGCUAUCAGUGGGAAGAAACCUUUCGUUGUUGUUCAUACAAGCUUAGUGGAACUUUUGUCGAGAAAGGAGUUGCAGGCUGUUCUGGCUCACGAGUUGGGUCAUCUCAAAUGUGACCAUGGUGUAUGGCUUACAUUUGCUAACAUUCUUACUCUUGGAGCUUAUUCUGUACCUGGUCUUGGUGGUUUUAUUGCUCAGCAAUUAGAAGAACAGCUUUUUCGUUGGCUUCGGGCAGCAGAACUUACUUGUGACAGGGCAGCUCUUCUGGUUGCUCGGGACCCAAAGGUGGUCAUCUCUGUCCUGAUGAAACUAGCUGGUGGCUGCCCCUCAAUGGCGGAUCAAUUAAACGUGGAUGCCUUCUUGGAGCAAGCUCGAUCUUAUGAAAAGGCAUCUUCUAGCCCAGUUGGGUGGUAUAUAAGAAAUGCUCAAACAAGGCAACUUUCCCAUCCUCUUCCUGUUCUGCGUGCACGCGAGAUUGAUGAAUGGUCUAGAAGUCAAGAGUACCAAUCUCUGGUCAAGCGCUUGAAGUGAAGUGUAGCAACUCUGUGCAAAACGCUUAGCAUUACAUAUAGCACAUGAUUUACAGAGGACACCUGGGUCUUUGUACAGGUACAGGCACAAGUCAGAAUGCUGUUCUCUGCUUUAUUUGGAAGAUCCACUUGUGCACCACCCCCUUUAUAUACAAUUACAUGUCCUUCCUCUGAUUUCUGUAGAUGGUUGAAGGCUUGAAGAGGUUCAAUAAGCAUGGAGCUGUACUGAAAGUUAUUGAAAUGUCAUGGAGGUCUUACUCCAUAGUUCGCCCCGUCAGGUCGUAUUAUACGUAUACAAUACACAUGCCAUAUCUUAUGUUAUGUUGAACACUGUCGAAAUAUUCAAAUGAUUAUAACCUGUAUAUGAUGUUGGAAUGUACUUGAUAUAUUUUGAGUACCAUCUUUUGGGAAGUUUCUAUU